AGAAGGCCAUGUGGCACAAAUUCCCAGCACUUUGCAACCCUGUUCCCACUCCUAGCCAGUAUCAUGGAUGAAUGUGCUUUGCACAAGCCACCCGAUCUGGACUGCGAGGGCAGGGCACAUUUGCGCAUGACAUGGGUGAAAGUGGAUGAUGUUGGUCGGACUGACGUUGUCAGCUGCUUCACGAAGAGACGCGAGCAGCUAGGGAUACACACCGAGAUUCUUGAGUCACGGGAUGAUGCUUCAAUCGUGAUUUGCGAUUACCAUCAUCGUGCAGACGAAGCCAAGUCGGGGUCAGUGGCCGUGCCGAAAGUGGAGGUCAUAAAGUCUGAAGUCUUCCGAAGGGUGUGCCCAAUCUCCGGCCAAAGGCUAUGGCUCACAGAUGCCGACUUCGUUGGGGCCAUUCAGGAUGCGCUAUACUAUGCAGUUUUCUUCGACAUAGCCCCUCAUCAUGUUGAAAGCUUUAAACAAGGCUUGGUGGAAGAGUGCGCCGCAAUCGAGCGCUUUGAGCCAAAGACCGUGCGCUUUCAUUUGUUUCAGAGCGAGAUCGACCCCUCGCGCUGGUUGGUGCUUGAGGCCUUCAGCGAGCCUUCAGGACUGUUCACUUCCAGGAAUUAAUGCCUUUUUUAUUAAGCAAGAGCCAUUCUUGCAAAGACUUAGUAAGGACCAUGCCAGUACAAACUGGUAGUUAAGUCCAUCCCAUUAGGUCAGGCGUGCCUUUUGGGGUCAGUCAAGCAGGGGGUCUUCAGGAAAGCGUUCGAACAUCAUCCAACGAGGUCCAGGGUACAGACAUUUAUAACGCGGACAUUCGCCCCAGGAGUAGUUCGAUAAGGAAGUCCUUUUGUUUGGCCUUGUUUGCUGGUGAUUCCUUGUGAUCCCUUGUGGGGUUGGUAUACAUGUGCAUGUAUGCCUUCUGAGUCCUGAAAUUGAUGUUUUGGAACCGAACAUUUUGAGCUCAGGCUGAACACCUCGUACAUGGACCAUGAUGUAGAAACCUCCCGCACUUCCGUCUUCCCUGGGAGGUUUGGAAGAGCAUGCGUUGAUGCCACACUACAGAAAAGUGAGGGCGCAGCUGGAGGACUGGCAGCGAAGCCCCAGAACACACGACUCUGGAUAUUCUCUCUUACUGUCUUAAUGGACAUGAAUGGACAGCUACUCGUGUAGUCUCGAGUGAGCCCAUCAACGUGGUGUCGAUGAUGCCCAGCGCGCUGGCGUCGCACAAAGCAGCGCCGAGAUGCUGCGAUGCUGCGCCGUCCUCCGUGCGACGCCAUCCUCAAAACGAAAACGCCUGGCGUCAGCUGCUGGUGGCCGA